GCUAGACUUCUUGUCAUUGUUGUUUAGCAACCUUAGUUGGUUGUGUGCAAGCGUAUAUUCUCAGACUGUGCGAUGCCCUCAAUGUCAAUGAUGGCCAUGGAUACAUUCCCAGAGCCAAAGCGAUCAAGGAACAGCGGCAAGGUGAAGGCACCCCUUGGACAGCGACGAGCUGGCAACCGCAAUGAGGACUAUCAGUACUAUGGUCGCCGACAAGGCAAUUCUCGCGGAUAUGAACAUUGGAACCGCCGUCCAGAGAGGCGUACCGAUUGGCAGAAGGGCUCCGAUGCUUUGCAGCAUUAUCAUGAACAAGGCCAACAGGCCUUCGAUGCGGCUAUGCAGAUGGGCCAUUACAUUCGUGGAAACGCACCAACUCCGGCACCUCAGGAAGCGCCGCCUCCACCUGUUCGCAGUCCUGUGCAAGAGCAGCAGAUGCCAAUGCGACUCCAAUGUCAGUGGGGAUUCGAUGGAUACAUGCAGCCAAUGCAGCCACAGGAUACGUAUAUGUGGACGUGGCCUGCCAUGCAGCCAGUGCAGUGCCAAGAGUGGAUCUGGCCUGUGAUGCCCCAAGCCCCACCACAGCCAGCCCCAGGCCCAGCUGUCUGCACGGAGGCGUUUGUUGCGGCUGGACACAUAGUGCCGGAACUCCAAGGAUUGACACGCGAACAAGUCGCGGCGGUGCUGAAGGAAGCUGCACAGGGUUUGCGAUAUGAGGAUUGAAGCGAGCCCGAUGCGUCGGAGUCAUUCACUGACUGAGUGUAUCAAUUAGAGUCACCUUGCUACAGCAUUCAUCGGUGGCUAUUGCAACCUGCACUUGAUUUGAAGUACUUAAUUGACCUAGAGUCCAGUGGACCGACGGCACGGAGCAAGUUUGAUGUGAC